AGAACUCGGUGAAGGAAGUACGUUUAAUUAUUUAUUUAUUUUUAAAUUUAAAUUGUAAAAAUGUUUGAUAAAUGAAAUUGAUAUUUAUUAUUUUUUUCGUUUUUUUUCGAUAAGGGUGUUUUCCGAGAGAUAUUCUCGAGCUGAUGAAUGUUCCUGGAUUGACAAGGCUUCAAGUUGCAAGCCAUCUUCAGAAAUGCCGCCACGGAUGGCAACCUACUUACGAGAGGGAAGGCCGCUGCACAAAAGCUUCAAAGUCGAGUUCAACCCACUGGACAAGGACGAAAAAGUACGGAAUCGUCCCUCGUGCGAGAACUAAUUACAACGGUACUUCUCAAGAGCAGCACAACAACCCGAUAAUUAUUAGCGACAACAACGUGGUCCAAUAUUCCACGCCUCGUAAUAACGAGACGCAGAACAAUCUUAUCAUAGGACAAGUACAAGGCACUACGGCAUUACGGGACGACACUACUAAUAAUAAUAACGAGACGCGUGACAAUGUUAUCGUAGGACAAGUACAAGGUACUGCGUUAUGGGACGACACUAAUAAUAAUAUUGUCGCGAACAAUAACGACAUUAUUAUGAAUAAUGAGAUAAUUUCCGGUGUGGAAAUUAAUAAUAAUAAUGCGAAUAAUAAUAAUGGAGAUAUGAUUAUUAACGGUGAUGCGUCGUUCGACUUUGCUGCUGCUGCUGUUGAUGGUCUUGUUGCAAAUUGUUUCGAUUUGAUUGGUUUCGAUUAUGAGAUUAAUGCCUCGGUUAAUCCGGUUAGUCCUGUAAUUAGUAGUAUAUAUAUCUAUUUAUUUUUCGUAUUUUUUAUGUAUAUAUUUAUUGGAAUAUAUUUAUUUUUUGCGACAGAAUAAUUCGGAGGCGGCUAAUGAUCAGGGAGAUGAAUAUUGGAAAUCAUGGGUAGAAGACUUUACAAAUGAUAAUAAUGAAUGAAAUUAUUACCAGAGGCUAUGGCACAAAGAGAGGGACAGAAACUAAGAACAAGUU